AGGUUAAAUAGAGGAGGCAAAGAAAACAGACACACAAACCCAGAGGAGAAAGGGAAAAAACAACAAAAGAGGGAGAGAGAGAGAGGAAAGGAGUGACUUUACAUAUACUGUAGUUAUUUAUUGCCCACUUCCAAGGGCAAGAUUCUUUGGCUUCUAACACUAUAAUAUCCAUUUAAUCAGGCUCAGCUUUCCACUCAUUUUAAGGAAAGAGCAUGAUAUAAUUCUGUAAGAUCUGCAAGUGGGAAGGUGACUUAAAAGCUAGCUGCAAUGGAUGUGGUUCAGUUGCAAAGGCAGUUAGUUGACUACCGAGCCUCACUCUAUCAUGAGGCUUUCCUGGACGAGCAAUUUACCCAACUUCAGGAACUCCAAGAUGAGAAUAACCCAGAUUUUGUGGUUGAAGUGGUGUCUCUUUUCUUUGAAGAUUCUGAAAGACUUCUUAAUGAACUGACUAAAGCUCUAGAGCAGCAGAGCAUAGAUUUCAAAAGGUUGGAUGCUCAUGUCCACCAGUUGAAGGGUAGCAGCUCCAGCAUCGGUGCUCAGAGAGUUCAGAAAGUCUGCAUAGCCUUCCGCAACGACUGCGAGGAGCAGAAUGUGGAAGGGUGUCUUAAAUGCCUCCAACAAGUGAAGCAUGAGUAUUCCCUUGUGAAAACCAAGCUUGAAACCAUGUUCAAGCUUGAACAACAGAUCUUGGCCGCUGGAGGCUCAGUUCCUAUGUAAUAGUUGCUUCAGAGAGGCCUAUGAUCAUCUGCAGAGAAAAAAACCAGAGACCAAAAUGGAAUUUUGGCUAUGUAGAAAAGUUUUUCUCGUCUUUGUUGCUUGUCUUGCAGUUUUUAGCAGGGUUCCUAAGCUACUGAAGGGUUCUAUCUACUUUCGAGCUUAAGCUUGUAUCAUAUCCAGUGUAUGAGCAAUGACAAAGAAUGUGAAUAAACCCUUCCAGCUUUUACCUCUCCAUUGCUUUCUGU